GGUCGCCGCACGAUAUCUCCAUCUAAAUAAAUGUUGUUCCGUCGAGUUAUGGUCACCAGGUUUAUUUUCAAUAUGCAUUAGUAAUAUUACAGACACCUGUUUGAAGUUGAUCGAUAAUAUUAUCAGAAUUUGUUGAUUGGAAAUAUUCGAAUAGCCUCAGGAUUUUUUUUAAUCUUUUAGAAUAAGCUAAAGGUACAGUGACAGCGGCCGAUGGUUUAGUGAGCAAGGGGGAUUGGGGAAGAAUUUUCGGAUUCUGGGCUGGGUUCAUGGAUAGAGGAAAUGUUUUGUUGGGAGGUCUUGAAAGUGAGGAGGAGUGAGGAGAAUUGGGGUAUAACCCAAUUAUUCGGCAUUAGGUCAAUGUAUUGGUGAGGAGUGCACAAUGAAUUAGGUGAUGGGGAAGACGAUGAAAUGUGCACGAUGCUCAUGGCUCGGUUUGGAAACUCUCCAAGCCCAGAGCACAAGCAUUUGUGUGCGAUCGUGCAAGCUAUGGUGGGAGAAUUGCAGGAACAGUCGUUGGAUCCCACUUCGACUGCCUAUUUUGCUGCCUCCAUAAGUUGUUUGAAUCGCCAGGCUGCGAGUGGAGCAACUCGGAACGAAGUUAUUACCACCGCAUUGUGUGCGUUUCUGGCUAUGGUACUGCAUGAAGUGCCUGCCUCGCUGCUGAGGUCGAAAAGUGAUGCAGCCCUGAAGCUUUUGGUAAGAUUACUGACGACGAACCCUUAGAGCGCCAGCAUUGCAAAAGCCGUGUUACCUGGUUUGGAGGUUGUGAUUUGUGGUGCUGAUACGUCGAUUGGAUUAUGGCUGCUUUCGCAUUCAAUUGCCUCUUCCAAUUCUGCAUUGAUCAACGCCUCAAGGUUCACAAGAGGGUGUAAUUGUGAAUGAUUGAGGUGCAAUCCAACCCUCAACGUAAUCUACCCCUAGAAACACUAAGUGAAAUUGUGUUGAAUCUCUUUGAGUAAUUCCUUGAUUCCGUCUCUAAAUGCGUGUCUGCGAAGAGUGAAAACUUGUCGAACUCUUCCAAAGGCUAUGUGGAGGUUUUACACAUGCUUGGUGCCUUAAAGCAAUUGCUACCGCUCUUCGCAGCCAAAUCCAUUUGCCGCACUCUCCCUUACUUGGCCCAACUUUACCAGCUCCGUCAACCCAUAGUUACACGAAGUGUUUUUUACAUGCUUCAAGUUCUAUGCAUGAAUUCCACUGUCGGUAUUCCAUCCGGAGCAUUAGAUGAGAUUUUAGAUCGGUCAGAGGUUCUCCCUGCUAGCGGGGGGAAGUGUAGGUCAGUGGACGAGAUUACCAUGGUUUCUCUGAUAUCGCAGUACGGUUUUGAGAAGCUCUGGAAGUCGGACAGGAGCUUGUGCAUUACAAUGCUUCUGGCUGCGCUUCAUUCUUGAACCGGGCUCUUGGGUUCCGAAGAAGAGGAGAUAGUGUUUGGUGCAGCUGAGAGUAUGCGUAACCUGAUUUGGAGUUGUAUUGACGAAGCCAUGCUCCAGCAAGGAGUUAACCAGUGCUAGUUGCACUGUGAGAGGCAGAAGCUGAAUGGGGAUUUGACACCGAUUGAAAGGAUAGGUGCGUCUGUACUGAGUUAUUUGGGAUACCAACACAGAAGUGCUUGGGACAUGUCCCUGUACGUUGUGUCUGCACUUUUUGGUAAUUUGGGAGAGUCUUCCGCUAUCUUGAUGGCAAGCACGGUGAAAGCGUUGGGCAAUCUUCAAAGUGUACCUGAUGAGGAUACGGCUUGCUGUAAGCAGCUGCACAGUGCACUCAGACCAAUGGUAUCUGCCGUGGAUUCGUUGAAGUUUUUGGCAAUACCUCCAUUGGAGAUGGAUAGGGAGAAACUCACAGAUUGUGGGCCUUGGCUUCUAUCUACACUAAAGCACCACAUAGUGUGACUUUCACCUUAUUUUUCCUUCAGUGUGCAACUAUCCAUCCGACACUGCCACGAGCUGUAGCCCUAUUGCGUAAAGAUGGGGAUCUGCUCACCGAAGGGCCAGAGUUGAGAGGCUUCGUAUGCUCCAGUUUAAAGAUUCUGGUGGCUCAGUAUAGAAAGGCUAGAGUAAACCACGACGGAAGUGAACAUUGGGGGCAAGAUCACUGAGGGUUCAGAGGACUUGAGCGUUGCCGAACAACGAGCCAGCUUGGUACACUCCCGAAGCUGCAGCCGUAAACUUAAAAGCCAUUGCUAGACACUCCCUCAAUUCCUUGCCUCUUCUGCUCAAUCUUUUCCUUGCAUCACCAGGGUCUCUGGAUAGCACCACAGGGAAGAGGAAAUGGAAUCACAGACAUAUUUUCUGAUGAUCACCCUGAAUAUGCUGCAAUCCGAGCUGGACGAAGCUCCGGACGUGGAGGUGGCAAAGACUCGAAAGACAGAUCAGGCAGCGGGCCAAGAAAAGCGAGGAAAGUGAACAACGUAAGCAAGAGGUGGUUUUACAUGGAAGAUGGGUACGUGAGCAUGAAGAGCAAAGCAGUGGGUGAUGUUAGGAAUUGGGGGACGCUAGAUUCGCUAGAUUUUUUACACAUACUCACCUCUGGAUCCCAAGAUUCUGAACAGGCAAGAGGCGAAGAGGAAUGCAGGAACAAACGGCAUGGGCAGCGUGGUGAAGUCGGCUAAGAAUAUGCAGGGCAGGAGCACUAAGGGAAAGUUUUAGCCACGAAACCUUCGAAAUUUAUGAGGCAGAAGACUAGCAAAGGUCAGAACUUAAUGUGCAGUCUAUUGAUGUAUGAGUGACAUGUGUAAAGCCCACAUCUUGAGAUAGGUUUUUUCAGUGGAUUUUGGCCUCAAAUCAGGAUUGACAGCUGAUGUUAUAUUCUUGUUGAGUUUAGUUUCAACUCCACAAAGACGUGGAGAAAGAUCCAUGUCAUUUAGCAGUUGAGUGAAUUGAAAUACUCAAUAUUCGUAGUUCAAAUUUUUUGCUCCGAGUAGUCACAACUUUUUUCCACGGCUAGUGCUUUGCAUGAAGAUGUCUUCACUUUUUUUCUUUAUCUUUUUCCUUUUCUGUUUUUGUUUUGUUUUGCUUUGCUUUUUUUCUUUUUCUUUUUCUUUCUGUGGAGGGGGGUUCCUUUACGACACAGGCCAUGCUUUGUUUGCCUAUUAGAGUCUGAUUCUUCGUUUUGCGGUUCACAAACCUAACGUCCAGUUUGAUACAUCAAAAGAAAUAUGUAUAUAUGUAUGUAUUUAUUUAUAUAGAUGUAUAAAUGCACAUAUAUACUAGUGGAAGUUGAGGAUGGAAGUAAGCUCUCAUGAAUUCCAUAUGAACUCCAAUUUGUUUACGUCAUUAGGCUGUAUUUUGGUUGUUUUGUAUUCCUGAGGAAAAGCCAUCCUUCCUUACAUAAGACAUGGAUAUAGUGUUAACCUUCCAACUUUGCAACACCUCUUGUUUUAGUUUUAGAUGCAGGCUCUUUUACGGUUACGACGAUGAAUCAUAAUCCGACGUAUCUACCAAACUCCCAAUUCGCUUUCAGUCUUCGGUCCUCAGGCGUUGAAGGUUUAGUGAUCACGUGCGAACCCUUUUGUCCGAAAGAUUCCGACGUUGUAUCACGGAUGUAACAAGAUGCAGAUCUAGCGUUAGGUGGGGUCGAAGGAAACAACGAUGCUAGACUCGAAUCUCUCAUGGUCGUAGGGUCGACUCGAUGCAUGCAUGCGCACUCCGCAGGUGCAACCAGCCAGUCAAUGCACCUCGUCGAUUGAUCCGGAAUCGUUGAUGGAUUUCUCUGCAGUCUGAAGUUUCCACUGCCACCCAUGCAGUGUUCUGGCGCUCGGGAUCGCUUUGAAGCCCACGGUCUACGAUUUAUGUUAGUGGUCUAGAGUAUCUGUAAGGCAAUGAAUAUAAUCCAGUUACAAGGGAAGGAUUCUGCCGUAUAGUCGUUUGUCCUGCGAGUCUCUGUCCGCCUCAAAUCAGUAACCUAGGAAGGAGAACUUGGGUGUCUAAUCACCAAUUUGCGGGCGAGGAUUCGAGAAUUCAGAGUCUAAGUCUAGCCGGAGUGGGAGUGAGAGAAGCGCGUCAGGAAUGCAAUUUCCCGCACGUAAUAAGCUUUCUUCAUGUAAGUUUGUUUCGAAGGGAGAUGCAUGAAGUAACAUCCGUUAAGACCCGUGCAUUCUUGGGGCGCUUUAGUCCCUUCUCGCUCGCAGUAGAUGUACACGAUAAUUGUAGUUUUCGUUAGAUGCACUCAUCCCCGGGUGCAUGGUUUUUAUGCCGCAGAAGUCCGAGGUACCGGCUUACUUUCAAACUAUCAAUUCAGGGUUUGAAGCUUCAGAACUAUGGAGAAUAGAAGCCGUGGAUUGCAGGAGCCAUUUUUGCAAUCGGAAUCCGAACCAUUGACUCAACAGGAACUUAUUUUAACAUUUGCGAAUGGUGUCACGAGGUCCGUCAGCAGACGUCACGAGAGCAUCUCUUGCACGCCGGAAUGGAUUUGGGGGGAGGUGCGGAAACAGCUUCACAUUGCAGGGCCCAUAGUCUGUGUGUCCAUGAUCCAGUACUUAUUGAUUGUGGUGUCACUCAUGUUCGUCGGUCACUUGGGGGAGUUGCAGUUGGCCAGCGCAGCGAUUGCAAGCUCCUUCGCCGGCGUGACGGGAUCGACCUUGCUUCAGGGCAUGGCCUCCGCCCUGGAAACUCUCUGUGGGCAAUCAUAUGGAGCGAAGCAGUACCACAUGCUGGGAAUUCACAUGCAACGCGCGAUGCUUGUUCUGUGGCUGGUGAGCGUGCCAAUCGCAGUGAUGAGGUGGAACAUGAACUCUUUGCUUCUAUAUCAGGGCCAAGACCUUGAGAUCGCAGAGAUGGCGGGCGAAUACGCACGAUACUUGGUGCCUACCCUUUUUGGACUAGCUACUUUACAGCCAUUGAUAAAAUUUCUCCUAACACAGAGCGUGGUGCUCCCCAUGGCUCUCAUGUCCGGUGCCACUUUAUCUGUACACAUCCCUCUCUUCUGGGUGUUGGUUUUUAAGCUGGGGUUUGGACACCGCAGUGCCGCGAUUGCCACCAGCAUAUCGACAUGGUUGAAUGUGGUGUUCCUAGGCUUAUAUGUGAAGUGUUCCUCAACGUGCAAGAGAACAUGGACAUCAUUCUCUGGGGAAGCAUUUCAUGAGCUUUCAACCUUCUGUAAACUUGCUGUCCCCUCUGCCAUCAUGAUCUGCCCCCAGUACUGGUCAUUUGAAGGUCUUGUCCUCCUGUCUGGGCCUCUGCCCAACCCCCAGCUGGAGACCUCCAGUCUGUCAAUCUGCUUCACAAGCGACUCUCUACUCUACAUGAUUCCUUUCGGCAUUGGCGCUUCCGCGAGCACUCGGGUAGGAAACGAGUUGGGCGCUGGGCGACCCCAAGCUGCCAAAGCCGCGGUGAUAGUGUCGGUGUCGAUGGGAAUGUAAUUCUAAAGAGAAUAUGAAAUCAUAAUUUAAACUUUUACAUUUAUUGAUUCUUUCAUUUCUAAUAACAAAAAUAAAUAAAUAAAUCUUUGAAAAGCAAGAUGAUUUAUAAAGAUAAGACUAAGCAAAAAUUAUGCAAUAACAAUGUACAUGUUAUCUUAAUGACUAAUUUAUAUUGUAAGAACUUAAGCAAGAACAUCCUCUAACAAAUGCUCUUCCUGGCCAGUUGUCAAUAUAUUUUGGAAAUUGGUAUUUCUACCCAAACUUUUAUUAUUUUCACCUAUCAUGGAACUACCAUCAUGAUAUAGUAGUUCUACUACAUAAGGAGUUACGAAUGGCAUGUUGCAUGUUGCAUUCACAAAGGUCUAUGAUUUCUAUCUCCUCUUUGCCUUCUUCAUUUUGCCCCAUGCCCUGAACCCUAAACCCCCCUAGAUUCACACUUCUUAGAAAUGGUUGUUAUAAUGAACCAUAGCCAACAAGUCUAAUUAAUCAUGUGGUCACAUGAAGGGUGGAAAUAGUAAAAAUGUGGAUGGAAAUGCCAAUUUCCUAUUUAUUUCUAAGGUUAACAAGAUUCCAAGACAAUGCCAAUACCCGGGGGCGAAUAAACAAGUCAUACGCGCUUAAACCCAGGUCGUCAAUCAGAAGGCGGGGGUCAUCGGGUUGUGACCGGGUGUCGAUCGGAACACCAGGCUCCGAAUGUGUCCCCGUCGAAAGCCCUAGAGAUUGUGCUCGCGGGGAUUGUUGUUGUAUUUGGAGCAUUCUUUCCGUGGAUUGUUGUUUGCAGGGGCGCACGAGGCGUGGGAAGACGU